GCAAAUAAUAAGCACCGGCGGAGGAUACUUGACACAGCCAGCCAUCCAUCCAUCGACUGUUUUCGGGGAAGAAUAUUGUUUACUAGUAGUAGUUCACCGUAAUUCUGCAAAGCAAUCUUCUUCUAAUAAUAAUCUUUCGGGUUGAUUAUUUAUUAUUAGUGAUCUGAGACAAACAGACAGAAAGAGAAGGAAGAGAUGACGGAUGAUGAUCGGAUGAUGACGACGCAGAUGUUAGUGAAACGGGCCAAGUUUAAAUCUUCUGUCAAAGACCCCGGCGUUCCUGGCAUUCUCACAUUGACGAGGGAGAGGCUUGUUUUUACGCCUAAUGAUCCAUCAUUAAAUCUUCCUGUUGAUGUUCCUUUUAAGCUUAUUAAAGGACACAAAUCUAGCAAGGAGGCUCCCAAUCGACCUGCUCUACUUAAUCUUACGAGCCAACAUCAGGCCAGUUACUUUUUCGAGUUCAACACUUACCCCGACAGGGAACUUUGCCGCGACUUUGUAGCCAAAGCUAUCACAUUCUCUGCCGAAACUGGAGCACCCCCUGAAAACGUUGUCAAUGAACAACUUAGUUCAGCUGAAAUGGAACGUCGAAUUAAACUACUGCAAGACGACACCGAGCUGCAGAAGCUUCAUAAGCAGUUUGUCAUCGGCGGUGUGUUGUCAGAGACUGAGUUUUGGGCGACUAGAAAGAAGUUGCUAGAUGUGAAUCCUGGCAGAAAAGCAAAGCAACGUUUGGGGUUGAAAAGUGAUAUGACUUUCAAUACCAAACCCUCAUCUGAUGGUCAGUCGAACAGAGUUACAUUUAGCUUAACGCCUGAAAUGAUACACCAGAUAUUUGCUGAAAAACCAGCAGUACGGCAGGCAUAUCUAAACUUUGUGCCUCACAAGUUGAAUGAGAAGGAAUUUUGGACUAAAUACUGGAAAGCACAAUAUAUCCACAGUACCAAAAAUAUUGUUGCUGCUGCUGCAGAGGCCGCUGAAGAUGAGUAUCUAGCAGUUUUUCUAAAGCAAGAUGCCAUUUUGGCUAGUGAAAGUCGCCAGAAGAUUAGGAAGGUAGAUCCGACUUUGGACAUGGAAGCCGACGAAGGGGAUGAUUAUACUCAUAUUCCGGGUCAUGGCCUAGCCAGCGAAAGUAGCAAGGAUGAACUUGAAGCACAGUAUGAGCCUUACAAAAGAUCUUUCCUGCAAGAUAUUAAUAGGCAUGCUGCAGUUGUUCUUGAAGGAAGAACUGUAGAUGUCGGGACAGUUGAUACAAGAUCUGUUGCUGAAGCACUUGCUAGUUUAAAACAUGUUGAGCUAGCUAAAGAAGCUUCAGAUGGCAGUGUACAUCAAGAUCGGCUAGAUAGAAUAACUAGAAUGACUGAGAUUGAGGACUUACAGGCACCACAUGACCCUCCAGUUGCACCACUUUGUAUAAAGGAUCCUCGGGAUUACUUUGACUCUCAACAAGUUAAUUCCCUAAAUCAGUUUGCUGGAACAAGACAGCUGAAAUCUAGGCUUAGCACCUCUGAAGCUUAUUGUUCUCUAAGGAACUUUAUCUCUGAUACUAGAGAAGUAGGUUUGAGUGAUCCCAUAGUCAGGCCUGAAGUGGCUGUCAAGGUUUUCAAGAUAUUGACAGAUGAUAUAUCAAGAUCCAAAUAUCAGCUUGGUAAAACCUCACAUGAUAGCAUAUUGGAUACGUUUCCCAGUGUCACGAAGGAGGAGCUUUUGCUUCAUUGGACGUCCAUUCAGGAAUUAUUAAAGCAUUUCUGGUCCUCGUAUCCAAUUACAACUUCAUAUCUUUAUACGAAGGUGAGCCGGCUGAAGGAUGCCAUGGCACAAAUCUACACGAAACUACAGGAGAUUAAAGAAUCCGUGCAAUCAGAUUCAAGGCACCAAGUUUCGCUUCUUGUUCAACCAAUGCUUCAGGCUCUAGAUGCUGCCUUUGCACAUUACGAAUUAGACCAGCAGAAGAGAUCUUCUAAGAGUGGUGACAAACCGAAUGGAUAUGUUUAACAAUGCUUUGGGUACUGUUUUAUUAUCUCAACCAAUCUGAUUGGUAAUUUCAUACAAUUACGUUACGUUGAAGAAAAUUUUGCUCUGAGCUACCUUGGUCUAAAAGACCUCCUCCAGAUUUUUGGGUGCAUGACACAUCAUUUUGUAAACACAGUAAUAUAUAAAUCAUCAAAAUUUAAUAACCUCUUUUCUAAUAUCCUGGGACAUUUGCGGUCAAACAUUUGAAAAAAACCAUUGUUUGGUA